AUGAAGCGGGCGCACCCGGACUACAGCUCUUCCGACAGCGAGGAGCUGGACGAGCCCAUCGAAGUGGAGAAGGAGAGCGCGGACGAGAAUGGAAACUUGAGUUCAGCUCCAGGUUCGAUGUCACCAACCACCACUUCCCAGAUCCUGGCAAGGAAAAGACGCAGAGGAAUCAUUGAGAAGCGUCGUCGCGACCGGAUCAACAACAGCCUAUCGGAGCUGAGGAGGCUGGUGCCCAGUGCCUUUGAAAAGCAGGGAUCUGCCAAACUGGAAAAAGCUGAAAUCCUGCAGAUGACUGUGGAUCAUUUGAAAAUGUUGCACACUGCAGGAGGCAAAGGCUAUUUCGAUGCUCAUGCUCUUGCUAUGGACUAUCGGAGUCUAGGCUUUCGAGAGUGCUUGGCUGAAGUAGCGCGCUACCUUAGCAUUAUCGAGGGUCUGGACUCUUCUGAUCCUCUUCGUGUGCGCCUCGUGUCUCACCUGAAUAAUUAUGCCUCUCAGAGGGAAGCAGCAAGCAGUUCGCACAGUGGGCUUGGACACAUUCCUUGGGGCAGUGCCUUUGGACAUCACCCCCACAUCUCCCACCCAUUGCUACUGCCUCAGAACGGGCACACUGCUACUAAUGGCGCAACGACAUCCACGGAGGCCCACCACCAGAGCAGAAUCUCUGCUCAUGCUGAAUCACCUUCGCUAAGAGUGCCCCCUAAUGGCAGCAUUGGACCAGUGCUUCCUGUAGUCACCUCAGCUUCCAAACUCUCUCCUCCCUUGCUGUCUUCCAUGGCCUCCUUGUCUGCGUUCCCCUUUUCCUUCAGUUCAUUCCACCUGUUGUCCCCUAAUGCUCUCGGUUCAUCUGCACCAGCGCCAUCAGCCAGCCUUGGUAAACCCUACAGACCAUGGGGAACUGAAAUUGGUGCUUUUUAAGAACUAGCAAAGGGGCAGAGAGGAGUGUAAAUAUCCAGCUGAGCUGGGGAGUUUCCAACUUCUGUUUUAAAACUCUUUUAAUAGGUUGAGAUGAAAGGUACAGUUUCAGUUUUAACAAAGAUUAUACAAGAAGAGUGU